GUACUUCGUCGAUGCGGAUUUCAGCCGUCGGAGGCCAUCUGCCGAUUGUGCCUGACGCGAAGAUUGAUUGGACGGAAUCAGUGGUAACAUGCUACGACUCGCAUCGAGAUCUGAGGGCACUCCAGCCAGCCUCCCGGAGUCCUGCCCUACUUACGGUCUAACUAGCCUCUGCCACAGUUCGAAAGUCUUUUCCGCUACGUACGGAUACAGCUGUGUCCCUCGAACUUAUUGUUUCAUUUCCAGGACCAUUGUCUUGGUUGGGGCUUACAACAUCGCCGCAAUUACGCGUCAGCUCUCUGACCUCCUCCACUCUCGAUCAACUUUCCCCUCCAUCUGCAACAGGCAUUUCCCACUGGGAGAUGUCGCGUUCAUUGUCUUUGUGCCACUUUGGAUCCAAGAGCAUCAGGCUUACUCAGAUGGCGGUUUCAAACCACCCAAAGCGCAUUGUAUCUGUGGGCACGCCUCCCUCGGGUCACGGCACAGUAGCGGUGCAGUGGUUACAGGUUACACCAACGGGUCUCGCUUCGGCCUCUUUCACCACAAACGGAGCGCAGAUGCAGUCGUACAUGUACUUCUUAGUUUCACAGACACCCGAGUCUUCCGUACAGAGGAGGGCUUGGGACAUGGGACGUUUAAUAUUCACAUCCGUCAACUGGACUACAAGCCCACCAAGUGGAAGGGCAUGCAUUUGGCCUACAUAAAUUCCCUCCAUCCAUCGCUUGUACUUGACGGAGCUCCUAUCAUCCAUGUAACAACGAACAGCGGCCUGUCACUUAAGUUGAUACACGGCUAGUGUUGCCAUGAGUGUCUGAUACUGUAAGAUAAUACUGGUACAUAACGCCGAACUGGACCACAGACAUCCAUGAGCCAUUCACUCUACAGCUUUGGCGUUGCGGCAGCCUGCAGCAUGUUGGUGUGCACCUUGUAUAUCUUUACCAGCUGGCGUACAGCGAGAUCGAGCAGGACGUCCUCGGAUC